AUGAUCAGGGCCAUUCUGCUGAGUGCCUUGGUGGCUGGAGCUCUCAGCUGUGGGCUCCCCACUUACGUGCCCAACCUGUCCAGGGUGGUUGGAGGUGAAGAUGUGAGGCCCAACAGCUGGCCCUGGCAGGUCUCCCUGCAGUACAACUACAACGGCGAGUGGCGCCACACCUGUGGAGGAUCCCUGGUGGCCACCAACUGGGUCCUGACCGCUGCCCACUGCAUCAGCGACUCCCGGACCUACCGCGUGGUGCUGGGCCGCCACAGCCUCUCCUCCGACGAGUCCGGCUCCCGGGCCAUCAGCGUCUCCAAGCUCGUGGUGCAUGAGAAGUGGAACCCCAGCCUGCUCUCCCAAGGCAACGACAUCGCCAUGCUCAAACUGGCCAGCCACGUCUCCCUUUCCGACAAGAUCCAGCUGGCCUGCCUCCCACCUGCCGGCACCAUUCUGCCUAACAACUAUGCCUGCUACGUCACUGGCUGGGGAAGACUGCAGACCAACGGCGCUCUUCCUGACAUCCUGCAACAGGGCAAGCUGCUGGUCGUCGACUACAAGACCUGCUCCAGCCCUGGCUGGUGGGGCAGCACCGUGAAGAAGAACAUGGUCUGCGCUGGGGGCGACGGCGUGAUCUCCAGCUGCAACGGUGACUCUGGAGGACCUCUGAACUGCAAGACAUCUAACGGCAGGUGGGAAGUGCAUGGCGUGGUGAGCUUCGGGUCCUCCCUCGGCUGCAACUACUACCACAAGCCUUCCGUCUUCACCCGGGUCUCCGACUACAUCAGCUGGAUCAACUCGGCGAUGGCCAAUAACUAACCACCAGAAGCCCCCCGGGACCGUUUCAGACUCGGAAAGGUCACAGGAGGAAAUCAGUAAUAAUAAAGUGACGACUACAUGAAUCACAUCUUGGAGAGUCAUUAUUUAGCAAACCAUGGGACAUCAAAGCAAGAAUAGACGGGAGUCAGGACAGCACCCUAGAUUUCAUGGGCAGGCCUGCUCGGGAGCCCAACAGCCCACUGCCUCAGCCAAGAAGGCGCCUGGAGGCACAGGUGGCCUUGCAGACACAAGCCACUGGGAGCUGGUUCCCUGGACAAGGGACUGGACCUCCCCCAGCACCCGGCUCGG